AUGUGUGAUGCACUUUUCUUUAUUUUGGAUGAAAAUAUAACUGUUUCAAUUUGGUCUGAAAUCGCUGGAGGUCGUGUAGAUUUCCAAAGCAUACGGAGGUAUAAGACUGAGAAUCGUGAAAAGCUGGAGCCUAUUGAAGAAGUGACUAUUGAGGUAAAUGAGGAACAUGUGGGGUUAGUCAUGGAAGCACUCUCUCAUCGGCGAGCUGAGGUUACUGACAUGGGUCCUGUCCCUGGCAAUGUUGGUAGGACUAGGAUGUCUUUGACUUGUCCAUCAAGAGGGCUGGUUGGUUACAGAAGUGUCUUCAGUAGUGACACACGGGGGACCGGAUUUAUGCACCGCGCUUUCUUAAGUAUGCUUGUUCUGCAACAUCUCUUCAGUUCAUUUUCUGUUUUCAUUUUCUUGUCACCUAAUUGUAAUGCGAUUGGGUUUUUGGGGUGGUAUAGUUUUGUUAAAUAUACCCCUUGUCUGACUUGGAUUAGAUGUCACUGGGCAGGGAAUUAUGAUCUAACACAUUUUCGUAGUUCAUCUUGCCUUGUUAAUUGAUAUGAUCAUGCAACCUAAACCCCACAGCUCGGCGCUUCCUAAUCAUAGGGAUUUACUGGGCCGAAUUUUCAGUUUAAGCGAGCUUUAUCCCACAUCAUUGCAUCUUAAUAUUACUUGUUAUAAUUCAACUCGAA